AUGGAUAUAUACACAAAUGAUCAGCCUCUAAACAAAAACAACUCUAGGCACCCCAAAAUUCAUUUCACUGAAUUGAAACUCUUCAAAAAUGCCACUGCCAAGGACAUCAUUGUGAAAGUAGAGGAUGCUUAUUACCAUCUUCCGAAAUAUAAAGGGCUGCAAGCUGUUGCAGCAGCAGGGCUCGACAAAAAGGUUGCCUACCUUCAAAAGCUUGGAUUUGAUGUUGUCUUUAAUCACAAGACAGUAGAGUCUUCGAAGAAACCCCUGAAGAAAGCCUCUCCCGAUGGUUACGAUUGUUAUUUUGAUAAUGUAGGUGGAGAGUUUUCAAACACUGUUAUUGGCCAGAUGAAGAAAUUUGGAAGGAUUGCCAUAUGUGGAGCCAUCUCUACAUAUAACAGAACCGGCCCACUCCCCCCAGGUCCACCCCCAGAGAUUGUUAUCUUUCAGGAGCUUCACAUACAAGGCUUUGUCGUCUACCGCUGGCAAGGAGAUGUCCGCCAAAAAGCUCUGAAGGACUUGCUGAAAUGGGUCUCAGAGGGUAAAAUCCAGGACAAGGAAUAUAUCAUUGAAGGAUUUGAAAACAUGCCAGCUGCAUUUAUGGGAAUGCUGAAAGGAGAUAAUUUGGGGAAAACAAUAGUGAAAGUAUGAAAAAAAGGACACAUGGAAUCUGGAGGCCAUUUAGAUGAUUACUUAAUUUGUUUUUCACCAUUUAGCAAAAAUGUAUACUACCUUAAAUGUCUAAGAAACAGUACUUGUAAUGAGUUUGAUCUACUUAAUAAAAUACAUUUAAGUCGUAUGUAA